AUGAGCGUUCUCAUGCCGUCUUAUCCAGCAAAUGCUGCAGCUGCUAAACUGACUCCAGCGCAACGGAAACACCUGGAAGAACAGGAAGGAAAACAUUAUCAUCUAUCGGUAAUCGUCGAUGCCGUGGGUAAUAACAAACUCGUUUGCAAGGUCAUUGACAGAAGAGUGGGGCUUGACAAAUCUUGCCCGUCCAAAGUCUUCGAUCGGCUGCUCGAUGAACAGUACAAUCGAUUGUUCAAACAUGGGAAAGGUCGCAAAUUCGACAAAGAGGGCAAUCUGAAGCAGUGGUGGACCCCUAGCACGGUCAAGGAGUACGUCAAUCGGACCAGUUGCUUUGUGCAGCACUACGGCAGCUACUACAUCACGGAAGCGGAUGAUUAUAUCGAUGGACUGCAAACCCUGGGGGAAAACAUUGCCGAUAAUGGCGGAGUACGGGAAGCAUUCCAGGCAUACACGAUGUACGUGAAAAACAACAAACGAGAACCGCUGCUGCCGGGUUUCGAAAAUUUCACUCACGAGCAGUUGUUUUUCAUCUCUUUCGGAAAUCUCUGGUGUGAAUCGCACACGGCACUCGCCGCUAAGGCAGCACUCGAUGAUUCCCACUGUCCCGGGUGGAUCCGGUUGAAGGGCGUUUUGACCAAUUCGCCGGAAUUCAGUCAAACCUUUGGCUGCCGCAAGGGAAGCGGAAUGAAUCCGGUGGCCGAGAAGUGUCGCAUUUGGUAGGGGCUGAUGCCCUCGGCAACUAACUAGUAUUACAGGAAGUUUUAACUAUCAACAUAAACUAUUGUCAAACAAAGUGUGAUAUUUGAAGCAAUAAACAUGAAUGCAUAUU